GGAGAACAGAGGAAGAAAUGAGCUCAGAUGGACUCAGAAAUUCACCUGCCUGCUGAACCCACGGCUGCUUGGGUGGAAAAUGGACACAAACAGCAGUCUGUUUACUCCAGUGCACCCCCUCCUCUUCCUCAUCCCCCCAUCCUGUUUACCUGCUUGGAGGCUUUCAAGGGAGCUCUGUUCAUUAUGAGGAAAAGGGCUCCUCGUGGCAGCGUGUGAAGCCGGGAGGCAGAUGCCUAAACUCUCUGAAAAGAAACUCUGUGCUGAUUCUGAAUGCAGUCAUCCCAUUUUGAUAGCUCGUGCACUGCAGGACUUCUACCCUGGAGACUGCAGGUUCAUCCCCAUUCGACAAGGGCAGCUCGUCUAUGUUUAUGCAAUGCUAAAAGGCAGAGGCAACCUGUUCUGGGCUGGCAGCGUACAGGACUCGUACUACGGGGAGCAGGAGGCUCGCAUCGGCCACUUCCCCAGCAGCGUGGUGGAGGAGACGCACGCUCUCACACCAGCUAGCACUGAAGUAAAAACAACUAAAUGGGACUUUUACUGCAACUGAUGCUGCGUCCAAUGAUCAACAUCAGGGAGAAGCUUGUUAUUGAAGCGUAGCUCUUCGAUGCCUUCAUAGAAAUAUAGCAAUGAAAUGAGAAAAGAAAAAACAUCUGUUGGCCUGCAUGAUCACCAGAGCAGCGGUAUUCUAAAAAUGUGUCAAAAAUAUUUGCUUUGAUUAUGUGGUUAAUCUUUCUUUGAUACAUUAUUGUUGAUUUCAAAUUAGCUUCACAUGUAAUAAAGGGCUCAGCUGAAGCAGAUCUGA